AUGGCCCACCGUGCCGAAAGCUCAAUGCCAUGGAGCCCCGGCAAUCAAGGUGAAGGCAGUCAAGCGUCCCCCGAUCACCCGGAUGAAGGCAUCCUCGAUAGGAAACGACCUAUCACUGGCGUGACGACAAGUUUCACUGCGGGCUUCAGCCGCAAACAAACCUCGACUCCUGGCUCAGGCGUCGCCCCCGUUUCAACGUCAACUGUCAUGGCUUCACGCAAAGAAGCGUUCUCAAAGACAUCUAACACCGACUAUUCGCCUGCCAAUAACAGAGACCGCAAGCCGUCAAAUGCGUCAGGGACACCAGCUGUCAGGGAUAUCGUCUCCUGGCUCGAACACAAGAAGCCAGUUGCCACUGAGACGACUGAGAGACCCCUACGAAAAUUCACUCCAACAUCGUCAUACAGUGGCCAGCAGCCUAGUCCAAAGUCUCUUUCCGCCCAUGCUGGAGCUGCCCCUGCUCCCUCUCCUCAUAACGAUAACGGCUCAACUACUGUGGCGCCUCCGACAUGCGUCCCUGGAACGGACGAGGACUCUUUGACGAUGCUCACGUAUCAAGAAUUCUUUGCAAACCAGCCACUUGACUCGCUCUCGGAGAACCAUCCGCCGGAAGGGUUACAUUCUCCUUGCGGUAUGACCCCGAACAGUCGUAUCUACGGAAUCAAGCAUGAGUCUAGCGGGAGGGACGUUCCUUCGUUCAGCAAUGGUGAGUUCCCGCAUCGAGUUUCUCUCUGCCAGAGGCAUCUGCUUAUUACCACAGUCCCCGGAGAUAGUGCUGCCGAGGCCAAGGCCAAUAACGAAUGGCAGACAGGCAAAAUGGAAGGGGUUCGUGGCCACCUCGACAUGUCCGACGAGGAAGUCAACAGAAGCGCCGAGAAGCGCACGGUUAGGUCCGGAGAGAAGAAGCUCCUCCAAGAGGCCACCAUCAGUAACAGGGCUCUCGCAGCUGCCCACGGCGACCACGCAAACCGAGGCUCACACACUUUGUACCCCCCUAUUACAGAUGACACCAUGAUAUGGCGGGACCGCAGGGUCGCAGGGCCUCUUGUCCGUGCUCCCCAAGAUGACUCCGACUCGGACGAGUUCAGGUUUGAUAACAUGUAUGGGUUCCGCUCUGGGGCCGCCUAUAGCAGCCCAAUACCCGCCCCUUUACGUAUACCCUCAAGACAGCACCAGCCCGAGUUGCCUUUGCAGGAUGACCAGCGGUUCCGGCCUGGAGAAAUCGCAAUCAGACCGCUUUGCCUGCGGAAACCUAUCACCAGUAACACCAGUGCCAUGACGUCCAGUCCUGGGCUCGGUCAUGCUGAUCCUGUAGCAAGCUCUGCCAUACAGACCACGCACAGAGCAUUCCUUGACAACGACAACCGCCUGGGCGGGCCUUCUCAGGUUUUCCAUCCGAAUCUCGGCAAUGGAAAGGCGGACUGGAAGUUUCCUCGAAACGACACUGGCUCCGCCAGCUGCUCAAGUGAAUCUUCCUCAACCAAGGCGCCACAGCCUGCCGGAGAGACCCCACACCUUCGUGCCAACAAGGCAUCAAACCAUGUCCCGGUCGCAGCAAAGUCAUCAUGCCAGACCAGCUGGGACGCGAUGACGAUCCAGGAAAAGCUCCGCUUCCUCGACGCCUUCUUCGACAACGACGCCCCCAUCGACUCUCACCUCCCGCCCCUUAUCAAAGAACAACAAAUCCUAUACGAUCAAGUCUUCGCCAAAGCGCUCGCCGUGCCCUCCGAGCAUGCAGAGACCCCCCACCUCAAGGCAGAGCGCGACGCGGCCCGAGCCAAGAACAAAGCGGCAGGUGACCGAAUCUCCAGUGCGUAUCACGAAUCGAUGAGGCGGAUUCUGCCCGAUGAUCAUCAUUUCGCCUUCCCACAGCAGUCCCGCUCGUUUUGCCCAGUUGACAGCAGGACAGAGGCUACAGAAACACUCGGCGUCUCUCGUGGAGGCCCAAAGACAGCAGUUGACACGACGGGGAUAGAUUGCGAGACACGGCGCGACCAGUCCAGGGGCAACGAACCGCCGCCAGAGAGAGGUACGGGGUCCGAGCCUAGGAGGCACCUAGAAGGAGUGCCGCCCUGUCCAACCCGCCGAGCGCCUGUGGUGCCUCGGGAGGGGGGACGGAGGUUCCGCCGGGCUCUGACUGAGCCACCCAACCCGCCGACGGCGUAUGACUGGAGUUGA